ACCUGUUGGGGUUAUCACACUUCAAAGCUCAGUCUGGGCUGUGGCUUAAUGCACAUGUUGUGCUCAAGUAGCGUUUCUGCGAUCCUCUCCCUCUCGGUGCUUCAUAGGACGAUCUAAAUUGAUCGUCUGGUUCGACGUAGUGAACAUUUUGCUUCUUCGGAGUUUGAACCAGGCGUGCUUUUGAGAAUCGACCUGUCAUCAUGGAUCCGUACAAGUAUCGGCCAUCUAGCCAGUACGACACACCAUUUUGGACCACAAACCAGGGAGCGCCAGUAUGGAACAACAACAAUUCUCUCACAGUUGGUCCUAGAGGUCCGGUCCUCUUGGAGGACUACCAUUUGGUGGAGAAGUUGGCGCAAUUUGAUAGAGAGCGCAUUCCAGAGCGUGUGGUGCAUGCACGAGGUGCUAGCGCCAAGGGUUUCUUUGAGGUUACACACGACAUUUCGCACCUCACAUGUGCCGAUUUCUUGAGGGCACCUGGUGUGCAGACCCCGGUGAUUGUUCGCUUCUCAACUGUGAUCCACGAAAGAGGAAGCCCUGAGACUCUUCGUGACCCGCGUGGAUUUGCCGUCAAAUUUUACACUCGAGAGGGUAACUUUGAUAUGGUCGGCAACAACAUUCCAGUAUUCUUCAUUCGAGAUGGGAUUAAGUUCCCUGAUAUGAUUCACGCCUUGAAGCCGAACCCCAAGAGUCACAUUCAGGAGCCAUGGCGUAUUAUGGAUUUCUUCUCGCAUGUCCCUGAGGCCUGCAAUAUGUUCACUUUUGUGUUUGAUGACAUUGGUAUUCCGGCAGAUUAUCGCCACAUGGAGGGUUUUGGUGUCCACACCUUCAAGUUGAUUACCAAGGCUGGCAAAGAAACUUAUGUAAAGUUCCACUGGAAGCCCACUUGUGGUGUAAAGAGCCUGUUGGAUGAGGAAGCCGUUAUGGUUGGAGGUGCCAAUCAUAGCCAUGCUACCCAGGACCUCUACGAUUCUAUUGCUUCUGGGAACUUCCCCGAGUGGAAGCUCAUGAUUCAGACAAUGAACCCGGCUGACGAAGAUAAGUUUGAUUUUGAUCCUCUGGAUGAUACUAAGAUUUGGCCUGAGGACAUGUUUCCCCUUCAGCCUGUGGGAAGGAUGGUGCUGAACAGGAAUAUCGACAAUUUCUUCGCUGAAAAUGAGCAGCUAGCUUUCUGCCCUGGUGUUAUUGUUCCUGGAAUCUAUUACAGCGAUGACAAGAUGUUUCAGACUCGUAUCUUCUCUUACUCAGACACUCAGCGCCAUCGCUUGGGUCCUAAUUACCUCAUGCUGCCUGUUAAUGCUCCUAAAUGUGCACACCAUAACAACCAUCACGAAGGUUUUAUGAACUUCAUGCAUCGUGAUGAGGAGGUGAAUUAUUUUCCGUCACGAUUUGACCCCGUUCGCCACUCAGAACGCGUUCCAGUUUCACAGAGCAGACUCUUAGGAAUCAGGGAGAAGGCUGUCAUUCAUAAAGAGAACAAUUUCCAACAACCUGGAGUCAGGUUCCGGUCCUUUGAUCCUGCUAGGCAAGACCGUUUUAUUAAGCGCAUCAUUGAGUUGCUAUCAGACCCCAGAGUGACUCAUGAAGUCCGUAGCGUGUGGGUUGCGUACUGGAGCCAGUGUGACAAGACAUUGGGCCAGAGGAUUGCCUCACACUUCAGCAUGAAGGCAGCCAUGUAGAUACUUAUUCUACUUUGUAAUUAUGUCUACUGGUUUGCGAUAUUAUUAUGGAUUUGCUAGGAGGUGGAUGAUGGCCUGGUGUGCAGGAUGUGGGGAUGCAUCUGGUGGGAAAGUUCCAGUGCAAUCUUGAACUAAAGCUUGUUAUGAACAAGUUUUAACAUGAACACCGUUAAUCUUGUAACUGGUCUGUUAACAAAUUUCGAAGUCACUGCGUUUG